CACAAAAAACAAAUUACGAUAAAGUUAUUUAAUGACAACGGGCUUUAGGACGCUUCCAUGUUAAACUGAACUUAUGAGCCACAGCAGAGUCAAAGGAACAAAAGAUAGAAACCACAAACAACAGAAGAAGAAAUAAUUAAAAUAAUCCAUUCAAUUGCUUACAUGUAUAACGGUAGUGAGUGUGUGCAUGUGUGUGUGUUUUGGCUAUAGGCGCUUUUUGUACGCUAGUGGACACUAGUUAGACACAAUUACAAAACAAAUAUAUACAUAUACAUAUAGUUUAUAUAAAUGCAUAUAAAUAUGCGAAUUAAAUUUUAUAAAUAAUCCAGGCAGCUUUUAGCAAAAAACACAAACAACCGAAAUAGUAAAUGUAUUAGUUAAUUUCUUUUGUUAUGUAACCCGAAGUGAAGUACAGAGCUCUAAGCAGAAGCAAGAAAGAUAAAAAAAAAUAUACAGACAAUACGCCCGAAAUAAAUAGAAAAUAUGCAAUUCGAUUGUGAGACAGAGCAUAUUUUUGAAAUGUUUAUAAGCAGAGAGUCAAAGUAUUUGUAAAAACCCAAAAGAAAUAAAAACAAAUUUUUAAAAAAUAGACAUCAAAUCGAUAACAAAUUUUUUGACAUAUAUAUACAUACAUAUAUAUAGAUAUCUAUAUAUUUUGAUAAACAAACGAAAACGAAAACGAAACAAAGACAAGAAGUUAAGUGAAAAUAAUGCACAAAAUGUAUUUAUUUGUAUACCCUAGCCCAAGUUAAAUGAGGUUUUAAUUUAGUUAGUUCAAAUUUGAAAAUAACAACACAUUUUUUACUUUCGAUGGUUUCACGAGAUUCAUUUCAACGAUUUUGUAUGUCACUCGGUUGAUGCUUAAGCAAGUAAUCCAAAGUACAAUCAUUUUUGUCAAACAGACACCCCAAAACAAAACAAAACAAAACAAAAGAAAACCAAACCAAAACAAACAAAACCAAAUAGAACAGCACAGAAGAAAACAAAUAAACACACAGAUGGAAAACUAUCGGAAAGGCAUCAAAGAUAGCAGAAUAACAUUUUAAAGGUUAGGCACAUUUACAGGGACAACAGACAGACAAGAAAAACAACAAGUAAACAAACAAAACUUUUGCUAAGAAUUUUUAAAUUUAUUUUACACACGCUUUAUAUGAGCAACUGAAGAGAGAGUUUUUGCUUAAAGUGAGAUUUCAAAAGCGCAAAAUUGGCAUUAGAAUCGAGACAAUUGAGAUUAGAAUUGCUUAGACAGAAAUUCAAAACAACAUUCCUACAAACUGAUGAGUGAAUUGAAAAUUGUAAGAAGCGAAGAAGAGAAGAAGAAGUCAUUAUAGAAAGUGCUAAGUGCAGUCAUUAAAUUAUCGAAACCGAAUGUUAAUUAAGUGCAAAUUCGUAGUCUGUAACUAGAGCUACACCUAAGCAGAAGCCGAAGCCGAAGCCGAAGCAGAAGCAGCAAAAUGUAUGCAGCUGCUGGUGGCGCCUCGUUGGCAUCGCGCCAAGCGCGUCAACGCCAGCGCCAGCAGAAGAAGAACCAACAACUACAAGCGAAACUACAUCCACCGAAAGCGGCGGGCGCCGGUGCGGGUCUCGGGGCAGCCGAUCAUGGCGGCGCCUCGACGCCAACGCGCAGCCAGUCGCGGCAGUUCCAUCAGCUGCCCACCAACUACUUGCGUGCCCCGCAGCCGCAGGGACGCAAGCUGAGUGCCACCUACACGCAAUCGCGCUCGCUGCUGCCGAUCGAAGAGGCCGGCGACACGCAGUCCGUGCUGCAGUUGCGCAUGCACUCGCACACACAUGGCCCACACGCCCACGGACAUGCACACGCCCACAUGGGCGGACAUGGGCACAGCCAUCUGCAUCACAGUCAUCUGCAUGGCGGCGGCGCCGUCGCGGGUCCACCUCAGACGCCCUAUCAACAGUUUGCCUCGUCACACGGACGCGUCUCACCGAAGCUUGUGCAUCGUCACAGCGGCAGCAGCAGCGCUGGCUUCCACCCGGCUGCCACAUCGCAGCUGCACAAGUCGGCGACGGCAACGCUGCCGCUGGUGUCGCAGAUGGAGCCGACGCCGCCAACGACACCCGCGUUGCCAUCGGCUGCGGUCGGCGUUAAAACGACAGCGAUGUCGUUGGAAGCAGGCGCCACGCCAGAACCAGAGUCAACACUGGGCAUGGGCAUGGCCAUGGCCAGCACAUCCGCAGCAGCGGCGGCGGCGGCUGCCGAGGCCGUAGCCGAAGCCGAUGCCGCUGACCUGCAGCUGGCCGGCGCCGCAGCCAUGUUUGCAGCCCACCAUGAUGCGAUCAUUGUAACGCCGGCCACGCCCAUGGCCUCGCCGGGUCACGUGGCUGCCAUCAAGCUGCGUCGCGGCGAUCACGACCAGGACCACGACGACGAUGUGCUGCACGAUGCCGCCGAACGUCAGCCGCUCACCGCCGCCACCGAUGCCUACGACGAGGACGAGGCCAUGCAACCGCCAGCCGGACCGCUGGAGCGCAAGUGCAGCGUCUAUCGCAUGCGGCGCAGCGAUGCAUUCGAGCAGGGCGACGCCGGGGGCGGCGGCGUCACCGGCGGCCUCAAGCGUCAGCUGCGCGAGCUGCAGUUCCAGCAGACGCAGUACGAGCCCCUGGUAAGCGAUGAGCCGCAGCUGCUCUUCAAGGGACUGGGCAAUGGACGCAAGUGGCAGCUCUGUGCCUACUGCGAGGAAGGUAUCUGCGUCUGUGAGCACAUCGAGUGCGCUCAGGGACGCGCCGCUUGGCUGGAACGCGGCCGCCGCUGCAGCGUACAGGAGCAGCAACAGCAACAGGCCACCUGCCAUCGACGCUGGGUGAAGCGUAACCGAAUACAAGAUGCCUCUUUGGGCGGCUCCUCGGACGAUGAAGAUUUCCUGGGCGUUCUACGAGGACCCAGCACAUUUGCGAACGCCUUUCUCUAUGUGGGACUUGGCACAGUGGCGCUGGGUCUGGUCAUUGCAUUUGUCGGCACCGGCGAGAAGGGUUUUAAAACAGUGGAGCUAAGACUUAUAGGGCCCUCUCUCAUAGGACUGGGCCUGAUCUGUUGCAUUUUACGCAUCCUCUUCUGCAUCUGUCCAUCACACUGCAUCUCAUCCAGCAAGAAGACGCGCAAGAAAAAUGGUAACAAGAUCGAUGCGGAUCACACAACUUCUCUGCUUCGCAAUGAGAGCAAACGCGUCUCCAUUGCUCGCGGACCUGCGGUGCAGCCGAAAUAUCCGAUUGCGCAUAAGCGCAGCCAGAGCAAGAUGCUUAAUGAGGGAAUGGAGGCACUGCGACAAAUUGCCACCACAUCGCUGUUCAUGCAAAACGAGCAGAAGACAGCGAUCAAUCGAGUUGUGCCCAUCAUCAAUGAGCCAGAGAGCAUGGAUCACAUGGGUGCUGAUGCGCCGCUAGAGAUGAAGAAACUGCAAACGGCUCUGAACAUGUGCGAGAUGAGCGAUGAGGAGCAGGAGAUUGUGCAGCAACAGCUGCAGCUAGCCAAACGUACAGCAACAACAACAACUGCCGUUACGAGUAGUACCACCAAAGCAACAGCACCAACAGAAUCAACAACAGCAGCAACGGCAACCAAAGCCACAACAACCCUGAGCACACUAGAUGAAAAACCCAAUAGCAAAUUGGUGCGCCAACGUGUUGCACUGCAGCAACAGAGACAACUGCAGCAGCAACAACGACAGCAACAACAGCAACAUCAACAGUUGCAAGAGCAACCGGAGCAGUCGCAGUCGUUGUCCUCCUCCUCCACCGUUAGAGAUUCGCUGGAUGGCAUUGUGGUCGUCGAGGAAACUUCCCUAAUGGACACAGAGAUUGUGCCACCAACGACUACAUCAACUGCAACAUCAACGUCUACAUCGACGGCGCCGAUGCCGAUGGCAUUGCCAAGCAGCUGCAGCACCGGAGCGAUACCAAGACUCAAAAGCAAUACGGCGGCGUUCAGCACGCCAGCGCAACGUCCGGGCAUCUCAACGGGUGCCACGCCCAAGACGACCACAACGCCCACCACCAACAACAACACACGUCUGACCAGCUCACAAUCACAUCCCACAAGCUACGAUCUGCCGCCGGCGCAGCCGCACACCUAUUCAGCCGCGGCGACGGUGCGUGGUCCGCUGGGCAUGACGUUGACAGGCUCGAGUUCCGUCUAUGCGAUGCCAGCCAGCCGCUUGAGUGGAUUAACGGCAACGUCGAGUGCGUCGCCAACACUCAGCACAACGACAACGAUCAGUUUGCUGCCGCUGCCCGCGCCGCCGACGUCAUCGAUAGCGGGCACUGCCAUGGCAAGCAUACCCGGCCAGGUUCUGGAGCCAACGGGCAUUGCAACCACAAGUCUGAGCAUAUUGCAGCCGUUAACAGCAGCCAAGGCAGCGACGGGGGCAACGGGGAUGACAGGGAUGACGUCGGCAAUGACAAUGCAGCGGCCAGCAACGGCCUCAUCGGCAUCUACGUCGGCGUCCCUUUUUGGCAUGGAGCACAAAUCACAGCCGUCAUCCGCAAGCGCAACAAUGGGAGGGCGUGGCAGCUCCCUGCUGCCACCGCCACAGCCAUCGGCUAGCAAAUUCGAGCCGGAGCUGGUGCUCAGUCCAGCAAAGCUUGGCCAAUAAAUGAUGAUGCGACAGUUAGUUACGAUUUUAGUUAGGAUUUCAUGCAGCCACAAUCUAGGUACCAUUGUGUGUGUAUGCGAGUGUGCUCGAAUGUUUGUGUGUGCGUAAGUGAGAGUGUGAGUGUGAGACUGAGUGAGUAUGAAUGUGUGCGUGUAUGUGUACUAUAACACUAUCUUUUGAAUGUGCCACAAGAUCAAGCAACAAUUACUAUAAACAAGAAGAAUCAAGAAACAAACAAACAAAAAACACUCCGUUAAAAGCCCAACAGUCGUGUUCUCAAUUUCCAAAUCCCCAAAAUUAUGCAAACCUAAAAAAAUAUUGUAACUAUUUGUUCUCAUUUUCAACAUUUGAGAGAAGAACAAUGUAUUAUAAUAGAACCUAAAUUCGUGAAUUCAGAGCAUGACUGACAUUACAAUAUACUGUUGAACCUUACAACGAGCUUUCAGUGUCUAUUAAUUCCCUAGGGCUUGCUCCUUUUAAUAUAUGUAACAUAACAUAUAUUCUAUCAUUUUGAGAAACUUCUUGAACUGUUAGUAUCGACUUGAAUGUAUUUUUCUUUCUGGAUCAGAAUUCUCUUUAUUUUCCAACUCUGUGGCAAUUACAUAAUUGGCCAAGUGCUCAGCAAAAAAAAAUAAAUAAUGAAAAGAAAAUUGCCAACCCGCGCUUUCUAAAGCUAUCCCUAUAUUAGUCAGGGUAUUAUAAAGUUUGUAUACCAACAUAUCGUUAAAUAAAUAUACAACAGAUAAUAGAAUACUUAUAAUAACAAGAAAUUUUUGAAAAAAGCGAAGGAAAGCCAUCGUGUCGUCCAGUUGGUUCCCAUCAACUAAGAGCUAAAUUUCAAUAAGGAUUUCCGUGUGGGCAUUAUAAAAACUAAAAGAAUCAAAUAAUACAAAAGUAAUUGAAUUAAAAACAAAAGCAUGCAAUAUAACAAUUAGAUAUGUAUCCCCAAAAUUGAGUGUCCAUGUAGUUGAAUGUAACAAAUUAAAUAACAACUACACUGGCCCAAAAGUAACAAAUAAGUAGAAUGAACAGAAGCAUCCCUAAAACACAGACAGUUUCCAAAUGAGUCUUAAAACGUUGAAAGAGCUCUCAACCAAAAACAAAAGAAAAACCAAAAAAAUAAAAAUAAUUUAUGACAACAAAUUAUUAAAGUAUAAGAAAUAUGAUUCAAUUUCGUUCAACUUAAACACACAUUUUUCAUUUUCUCAAAGUUCUUUUCACUUUUUAAGGCACUUUUUAAAAGCUACUGCAAAAAUUCAAAUUCGAACAAUAAUGGCUGGCUCUUUCAACUAGCGCAUCGAAGAAAUUAUAAAAAAAAAAAACAAUUAAAUCGAUAAUGAUAGCAAAAAAAACCAAAUCAAGUGAUUCAAGAGAAUAAAGCUACAUAACAUUUGGGCAAAUAAUAGAAACUACUUAAUUGAAAAUAAAAUGCAUAACAAGCAAAACUAUGCAACUAAUAGAAAACUAUGAUUAUAAAGAUGAAAUAUGAAUUAGUAUGUAUGUCAGUAAAUGUAUGUGCAGAAUAAAACCGAA